AUUUUAAAAAAUACAUUUGUAAUUGUAAAUAAAAUAGGGAAUUGUUCUGUUUAGUGAUUUUUUUUUUUUUUAACAUUCCUGAGGGAGACACACUUAAAUCUGUAAUUCCUGUGCUUAUUCCUAAAAUUGUAGCCUUAAAGUGUAUUUUAUACUGGUUAUCUUUGUUGACUACUAAAGGAGAAGUAUCCUUUGCCAAAUGCUGGUUUCCUUGACCCACUUACCUAUCCGUAUUUCACUUGCUUCUUCUUUUCCUGUCAAUCUUCCUAUCCUUAGGUUCUCAUUUUCAAGAAUGUAUUUUCCACAUCUUUAUUUCUCCUCCACUGACCAGCUCUUCUCCUGUUUGUACUUCUCCACAUUUCAAUCUACACUCUCUCCUAUGGCUCUUUUUUAAUGAAAUUUUUUUGCUAAUGUGUUGCAAACUCCACAGAAAGGCAGAGAAAGACAUGCAGGAAUGGACUGAAUGACUGUGGAAUGUUUUACUCAGGAAAAGGAGUUUUCCAUCACGUCUGGCCACUGUCAUAAAGGCAACUGUUAGAAACCUACAGUGCCUCUAGCCCUAAUUGAGACUCAAAGCAGGUAACAUAGUCAGUUUAAAAUAAUAGAAAAUACAGACAGUACAUGGCUAUAUAGUCUCUGCAGCUUUGCAUGCUGCCUUUCUCCCACUUUAUCUAAGAAAAAAUAAGUGAAUUCUAGUAAUGUCUUGUGAUAGUUUUGCAAAUAGUUAAAUAUAUUUAUAUAUUAAAAAUAUAUUUAGUGUUUUAGACCUUUCACAGGAAUACUAUUCUUCAUUACUGUAUGCUUAUUUAUCAUUGUCUGAUUUUAUUUGAUAGCAAGUAGUUAUAUAUUUGUAAAUGUCCUUAAUUUAUUUUUUUUUAGUGGGAUGCUCUGCUUGAUUAUGGUUCUCCUAUCAACAGUGGGUAGUACAGUCAAAAGCUUCUUUGAUGUCUCUUCUCUGUUUGCACAGGCUAUGCUGCAAGACUCAAGAAUGGUUUUAAAAUGUAAACUCUCUCACUCUCAGUUGCUGGGCCACUGGUUUUGCACCUCGUCCGGGUGUGGAACACGGGGAACAUCCCGGCAGCCCCUGACACUGUGGGGAUGAACCAGGGCUGUGCCUGGGAGGUGGGAGGUGAAGGUGGUACCGCCGCUGGAAGGGGAUGAGGCUGCAGGUGAGAACACAGAAUCACAGGAUCCUUAGGCUUGGGAGGGACUCCUGGAGAUGACCCUGUCCAGCCUGCGCUGGGACACCUGCACAGGGACACGGAGCGAGUCCAGGCGGGUUCGGAAUGUCCCCAGAGAGGGAGACACCCUGGGCGGCUGUUCCAGUGCUCCGCCACCCUCACGGAAAGUUCUUCUCAUGCUGAGGUGGAACUUCUUGUGUUUCGGUUCAUGGCCAGUGCUACUCUCUUCCUGUCGCCGGCACCACUGAAAAGAGUCUGGCACAUCGUCUUGGCAGCGGUCUUUGAGGUAUUUAUAUGCAUUGAGGGGGGUGUCAUUAGUCUUCUCCAGAUUAACAGGUGCCCAACACCUGCACACGCGUUAAAAAGUACCGCGGGUAAUCUGCUUUCCCCACGAACCAACGCCGAGCCGGGACCCAGCCGGGAUCGAGGCGUGUCUGUUCCGAUGCUAACGUGACGACUUCCAGCAAAGUCCGUUUUUCCUUCCCGCUUCCCUUCCCGCUCGGCCCCCGAGCGUGCCGCGUCAGGAGCCGCUGCGGGCCCGGCUGCCCCGCCCGCCCUCCGCCGACCCGGCCCUCACGGCUCCCGCCGGCCCCGGCCCCGCGGCAUGGCGGCGGGCGAGGAGGAGAGCCGCGAGUACCUGCGGCGGCACCGGCUGCCCGAGCUGCUGCACCGCCUCGGAGCGCUGCUGCUCUUCCACCGCCCCGAAAGGCCCCGCGAGUUCCUGAUCCAGGUGCUGGAGAAGGUAAAGGCUGGCAGGCGAGCCGAGGGCCGGUACCCGUUCCUCAUGGACGAGGCCAACGUGGACGCCAUGUUCGGCCUGCUGGAUGUGCUGGGCCAGGGCUACAUCAGGCUGGAGCAGUACAGGGAAGCUCUUAAAACUUUGGGACUGAGCACUGAGGAUUUGGAGCUGGAAGAUAACAUGAUCACAUUGGAUGUAUUCAAGAAAGGAAUGAAGAAAAAGAUGCUGGAGAGCUGGUCUGUGUAUUAGUUUGAGCAGCGGUCUGCUAUAUAUAUUAUAAACAGGCAUCUUCCCCAAUUUUUCUUCUGGUUUGUCAGCAAUGAAGAGUCGAUUUUAAGCAACACUCUUUUUCUCAUCUUCCCUGCCCUUCAAAGGUGCAAUCAGCUGAAAAGGACAAAUGACAAGAAUGUGCUCAUGUCUAGCAGGCUCUGGAGGGAGUAUCGUUAGGAAUUGCUUUUCUUAAUAUAAUUAGAUGGUUAAAAAAAGUAGAGAUCUCUUAUGCAACUGAAAUAGUAUUUUGGAGUUUCCUCCUUCAGGUUAUAGUUUACAGUAAAGGAUUGUUACCUGUUGGCUCAUUACCAGUGAAUAAAAUUAAAUUGGUUUUUGGG